AUGUUUCUUAUAUAUUCUAUAUACUCUGUAUUUUUUAUAUUAUUUUUGGAUAAAACUAAUGUAAAUGGUUUAGAACCCAAUAACAUAGUCAUCAUAAUAUUAGAUCAAAAAGAAGGUUACCAUGCAGCACAUGCUGAAAUGUUAAAAAACAGUAUUUUUGAACAAGCAAAUGCUCUUGAUAAGGAAUCUUCUAAAAUUAUUUUAUCUCAUGAAUUGAAUAUUAAUGGAUCUUGGACAAUAAUACCACUUUUGCAUUAUUUAUCAGAUACAUAUCCAACUUCAAAAUGGUUUUUCUUCUGUCUAGAGAAUACUGUAAUUAGAUUGAAUAAAUUGUUAAAUAUUCUAUCCAAGUUCAAAGAAGAUAAAAAUUUAUGGAUUGGUCAUGCAUUAUAUGAUCACGAACCAACUAUUAUACAUCAUUUUGCAGAGCAUAAUAAAAAAUUUAAAUAUCCACAUAUAGCUUCAGGUUUUGCAAUAACAUCAGCUUUAUUAACAAGCUUAGUACAUAAAAUUACUAAAGGUGAGAGACCUAAAGAUGAUUUCUCAAUUGAUACAUCAUAUGAAUUUGCAUCUUUUGUUUCAAAAGUUAAUAAAAAGUUACAAUUAACACACGUACCUGAAAUAUGUAUCAUAUCGAAUUCUGAUUGUGCUACAUACCCAAGAUUUUUUCAUCCAUGUGGUUCAUCUGUAACUGUUGAAAAUGUAUAUUUUGCUGUUAAAACUUGUGCAAAAUUUCAUGUUGAGCGGAUUUCUGUAAUUAAAAGAACAUGGGCAAAAUAUGUAACAAAUAUUGGUUAUUUUAGUGAUACUGCUGAUAAAUACCUACCUGAUGCUUACAUUGUACCAAAUACAACACAAGGACAUUGUGCAAAAACAUACAGUAUUUUGGAAAAAGCAGAUAAAAUAUUAAAAUUAAAAGAUUUACAUUGGUUAAUAAUCAGUGAUGAUGACACAAUUUUUAGCGUGGCACGUUUGUUACACUUAUUAACAUGCUAUAAUUCAAAUAAUCCACUUGCUAUUGGAGAACGUUAUGGUUUCCAAUUGUGGGACAAUUAUGGAUAUGAAUACUUAACGGGUGGAGCUGGUGUUGCUUUAUCUGCACCUUUGGUCCAUGAAAUGAUAAAAUCGGGUAGAUGUAAUUGCCCAUCAUCUACAACUCCAGAUGAUAUGUAUCUGUUUGGUAUAUGUCUAGCACAUGUUGGAGUGCAACCUAUACAUUCACCAAUGUUUCACCAAGCACGUCCUUCAGAUUAUGCAACUGCAUAUCUUGCUUCACAAGAUCCUAUAUCAUUCCAUAAAUUUUGGCUGAUCGAGCCCCAAAUGGUUUAUGAUGAAUGGUUUGCAGAAGCAGACAAAUCUUUAAUCACAGUUAAAAAACAUAUGGAAUUAUAA